UAUUGGUUGCUUUGGCAAGACUAGGUGAUAAUAGAAAUUCAGGUGGUUACUCUCAUUUCCCAGAAGAACAUGAUACACUACCAUGGUGGCCAGAAUCACUCUUUCACAGUCUCUGAUAUUUCUCACUCCCCAACAGAGAGAAGAGCAGUAUGAGGCUUCAGAACCAGAGCAGUGUGUCCGAAUUUCUUCUCUUGGGGCUCCCCAUCCGGCUGGAGCAGCAGGCCAUGUUCUUUGCCCUGUUCCUGGGCAUGUACCUCACCACGGUUUUGGGAAACCUGCUCAUUAUCCUGCUCAUCAGGCUGGACUCUCGCCUCCACACCCCCAUGUACUUCUUCCUCAGCCACCUGGCCCUCACUGACGUCUCCUUUUCAUCUGUCACUGUCCCGAAGAUGCUGAUGAACAUGCAUACUCAAGAUCAAUCCAUCCCCUAUGCAGGGUGUGUAACACAGAUGUAUUUUUUCAUAUUUUUUGGUUGUAUUGAUAACCUCCUUCUUGGGGUGAUGGCAUAUGACAGGUAUGUGGCCAUCUGUCACCCUCUCCACUAUACUGCCAUCAUGAGAGAAAACCUGUGUUUCUCACUUGUGGCUGGGUCCUGGUUAUUCUCAUGUAGCAGUGCAAUGUCCCACACUCUCUCACUGGCCCGCAUCAUGAGGUCGGAGAACCAGAGCAGCGUGUCCGAAUUCUGCCUCCUGGGACUCCCCAUCAGGCCAGAGCAACAAGGCAUGUUCUUCAUCUUGUUCCUCGGCAUGUACCUCACCCCCGUGCUGGGGAACCUGCUCAUCAUCCUGCUCAUCAGGCUGGACUCUCGACUCCACACCCCCAUGUACUUCUUCCUCAGCCACUUGGCCCUCACUGAUGUCUCCUUUUCAUCUGUCACCGUCCCAAAGAUGCUGAUGAAUAUGCAUACUCAAGAUCAAUCCAUCCCCUAUGCAGGAUGUGUAACACAGAUGUAUUUUUUCAUACUUUUUGGUUGUAUUGAUAACCUUCUUCUUGCAGCGAUGGCAUAUGACAGGUAUGUGGCCAUCUGUCACCCUCUACACUACACCACCAUCAUGAGGGAGGAGCUGUGCAUAUUUCUAUUAGCAGGAUCCUGGCUCCUGUCAUGUGCCAGUGCCCUGUCCCACACCCUCCUCCUGGCUCGAUUGUCCUUCUGUGCUGACAGCACCAUCCCCCACUUCUUUUGUGACCUUGCUGCCCUGCUCAAGCUGUCCUGCUCAGACACUUCCCUAAAUGAGAUGGUUAUCUUUGGUGUUGGGGGAUUUGUCAUCAUCCUGUCUUUUACUGGUGUUCUAGUCUCUUAUGGCCACAUAGGGGCCACCAUCCUGAGGUUCCCAUCAAUCAAGGGGAUCUGUAAAGCCUUAUCCACCUGUGGCUCCCACUUCUCUGUGGUUUUUCUAUUCUAUGGGACGAUUGUGGUAUUGUACUUUUUCCCAUCAUCGAGCAACUCUACUGACAAAGACAUAAUUGCUUCAGUAAUGUACACUGUGGUCACCCCCAUGUUGAAUCCCUUUAUCUACAGCCUGAGGAACAGAGACAUGAAAGGGGCCAUGGGGAAACUUGUCAGAAGGGAAAUAUUUUUAUCCAAGUAACAUUCCCCUAUUCUUCUUCUUAGCUUACCUGUUGGCUCUGUUAGACAGGUCUCCU